UGUCGGCGAGGUUUUGCAGGGGAUUAGCGUAGUUUGACACAUGGCUCUUUGAUCAAUGGCUGCCGCUAAUGAUUUAAAUGCCUUCAUCUUCGUUUAACGCACCAUUCAUCUCGUACUCACGUACUCCAUUUCCCCGUGCAGUGCUUCCCACAUCACCAAUUUCCGGUCAACUUCGCCGGAGUUUCUUUCUUUCUUUCACCUUCUAAGUUAAGCCUGACCCGAUGCUUCCCGACUCUGAUAAAGAUCUGAGAAACACGUUGUUGAGGUAUUUCUCUUUCUACCACCCCGGCGCAUGGCUUCUACUCUCCGUCGUCCUCCUCCAGUCUUUGCUCCUCUUCUCCGCCCGCUCUCUCCCCUUCUCCUCCAUCGCCUCAUACUUUCAACACUCGUAUCCUCGCCACAACGCAUCUUUCACGGCGGCGGCGACGACAACUUUCUCGGCUGUACCUUACGCCUCUGAAGUUAACGCUACAAAUGACGGCGUUGAGUGUCCUUUUGGUAAAGUGUAUAUCUACGACCUUCCAAGAGUGUUCAACGCUGAUUUAGUGGAAAAUUGCGGGGAAUUGGACCCGUGGCACUCGCGCUGCCAGGUGCUGUCUAACGACGGAUUUGGGCUCCCGGCCGCCGGAAUUUCGAAGAUUCUCCCGGAGAAUCUCGCGGGGUCAUGGUUUUGGACGGACCAGUUUGCACUGGAGCUUAUCUUCCACAACCGCAUGGCUAAUUACAAGUGCAGGACCACGGAGGCGGAAUCUGCUACGGCGUUCUACAUACCGUUCUACGCUGGACUCGCGGUGGGUAAGUACUUGUGGCCUAUCAAAGUCAACUACACUAACGAAGACCGUGAUCGGGAUUGCAAGAUGAUGGUUAACUGGAUCCAGGAUCAGCCUUACUGGAACAGAUCGAACGGCAGGGAUCAUUUCAUCACGAUGGGGCGCAUCACAUGGGAUUUCCGCCGGAAGGAAGGUAUGAAUUGGGGCUCUAGUUGCAUAUUCCUGCCCGGAAUGCGCAACAUCACGCGCCUGUUAAUCGAGGCUCACCCGUGGGACUAUUACGACGUCGCUGUGCCUUACCCCACCGGAUUCCACCCCACCACCGCCGCCGACAUCACCCGCUGGCAGCAAUUCCUGCGCACCCGUCACCGCAACACGCUAUUCUGCUUCGCCGGAGCGCCACGCCGGUUAAUCAAGAACGACUUCCGGGCUCUCCUCCUCACCCAGUGCAACCACUCCGGCGCGUGCCGAGCCGUGGACUGCGGCGGCACGAAAUGCUCAAACGGCACGUCGGAGAUUCUGGAAAAGUUUCUGGACUCCGACUUCUGCUUGCAGCCCCGGGGGGACAGUUUAACUCGGCGGUCAACGUUUGACUGCAUGGUGGCGGGAUCAAUCCCGGUUUUCUUCUGGAAAAGAUCCGCUUACUAUCAGUACCGCUGGUUUUUCCCGCCGGAAACAGAGAGCUACUCAGUUUUCAUACACCGGGAUGAGGUGAAAAACGGGACCUCAAUAAAAUCUGUGCUUGAAAAGAUAAGCAAAGAAAAGGUAAAUGAGAUGAGAAAUAAGGUGAUUGAUUAUAUACCCAACAUAAUAUACGCAAAACCCAAUGCGGGUAUAGAGGGUGUCAGAGAUGCCUUUGAUAUUGCCAUUGAAGGAGUACUGAGAAGAGCUGAAGAAGGACACUAGCAAUGGCAAUGUCUCCGAUAUAUAUAUAUAGGCAAAGGAGUUGACGGCGGUUAUGUUAGUUAUUGAGUAGGAAUUGUUAGUUAUACGGUUGUACUAAAAAAGUUGGAAUUUGGUAAAAUAAAAAUUCAUAAAUGAGUAAAUUUUGCAUGUAAAAUUUUCUUUUUUCUUUUGCAAUAUUGUAAUUGUAAUAAUAUAAUAAAGAUGAAUUGUUGAG